AUGUUCAGCCAUUUUGAUAAGGACCUCUUUAUAAGUCUCUUCUCUUUUACGUUCCAUUCAUUCAUUCAUUCAUUUUAUUCAAUUGUUCUUUCUUUCUUUCGUUAUUUCUUUCUUGCUUUAUUUUUUCAUUUAUUUUUCUGUUUUUUUUUGGGGUUUUUUUUGACAUAUUUUCUGAUUUCGCAGAUUUCUUUUCGUUUUUCUUUUCCAUUUCGUUCUUUUUCAUUGUCUUUAAUUCUUUCUGUAUUUGUCGAUAUGUUUUUCUUCUCUCUUCCUUUUUUUUUACAUUUAGGCUUCCAUUAUUUUGAUGUGUUUUACAUUUUCCUUUUUAUUUUCAUUUAUUUUCGUUUCUCUUUUUACUUUUUUUUUCUUUCGGCUUUUUUCUUAAUCUUCUUUUCUGGCUUAUAUUUUGUCUUUCUUUCUUUCUUUCUUUCUUUCUUUCUUUCUUUCUUCCUUCCUUCCUUCCUUCCUUUCUUUCUUUGUAAAAUGUUCUUUUCGUUUUUUUUCUCUCUUUUUCUUUCUCUCAAUCUUUUACAUUCCUUCUUCACUGAUAUUUUCCUUUUUUUUUUCUCCCACAAUUCUAGCUUUCAUUCUCAAUGUUCAAUAUUUAAGUAG